GUUUACGCAUGGCUGCGAAAAAAUAUAAUAUUACUUACGAGAUAUUAGAAAGAGAAUUUCACAAAUUUUGCCAAUUACAAAUCACAUACAAAUUUGACCAACCUGUAAAACAUGGAGUUUUCACAUAUAUUGAGGAAUUUUCGUUACUAGAAAAAUUACAUCUCUGGAAAAUAACAACUCAAGAUUGCACUUGUCAAGUUUGCGCAUUGGAAUGCGUACUCAAACUGGCUUACAUAUUCGCUAAUAUAAGUAAUAUAAGUAAGAAAAAACUUCUAACUUGGAAGAAUAAAAUAAUGCGCGAAGAAUGGAUAUGUGAUUUCCAAAUGAGACACAGCAAAGAAAUUUCUAAAUUCUCGAACUACUCUAACUGUAGAAAAGUUAAGACAUCAAAAAAGAUGAGCGCACCGCAAUCAUUCGUUGUAGAAAAUAUCUCAAAACCAAGUACUUCGAGUAUCCCUCAAGCAGGUGAGCAAAGAGAGCUUAAUCUAUUGGAAACUUCCCAUGUUACUGAAUAUCAUAAUGAAAUUAAAAGUUUUCUAGAAUUAAGAAAUAAACUUGAAGCAGCAACAGUAGAUGUUUUAAGUGGAAAGAAAGAUGUACAAUCCGCUGUAGUAUUUUAUGAACUUGAUAAAAACAUCUUGAAUUGUAAAUUAAAUGUCAUUAAAAAACAUAUAGAGUAUUUGACACUAAAACAGAAAUAUUUCUUAGCAAUAAGGGAAUAUAUAUAUGGAGCAAGUUCUGUACAAGCCGCUGCAAAUUACUAUGGAAUUAGUCAGAAAAAACUAAAGAACGAAAUAAAAGAGUGCGUUGAUUUUAUUUCACAAGGAAAUAUCCAAAUACCAAUAUACAAAAUCGACAAUCAAUAUGUGGACCGCUCAGAAAUUUUUACACUUAAAGAAGAACGUUUGUUAUGGAAUGAGUUACAGAUCUGGAAAAAGAUUUUUCAACCAUAUUGUUUUUGCCAAUUAUGUGCGAUGAAACAACUGUUGAAUCUAGCAAAUGAAUAUGUUCAAUACAAAAAGAGAUACUCAAUACAUUAUAAUAAAAUUAAAAAAUGCAAUAACAUUGCAAAAUUAGGAAAAUGGCUCAUCAAUUUCGAAAUGAGAUACAAUAUAAUCUCAAAAACCUUUUCACCUAAUUGUUUAAAAAUACCAAUUGAAACCCAAAAAUUGACAAAUAAAUCAAAAUCUCCGAGGUUGCUUGUUUCUAAAUCACGCAGACGUCGCAGCGGUCUACGAAGGAAAAAUUUUAACCAGUCGCAAAUCAACACCGCUAAAGAUAUAUCUACCCAAACAAAAAUUACAUCUGUUGCUCAGAAUGAUCAACCUAUGGACCUAACCUAACUGGUUUUUUAAACUAAAAUAUUAAAAGAAAGGGACUAAGAUGUUAUCUCUCAAA